AUGUCCAAGGCUUCUUCAUCGUGCUGGCUGUUCUUUGCCCUGAUGGUGCUGGCGGUUUCGGCGAAAUCCAAGAUCAAAAAGAUCAAAACGCAAGUUGUCAAUGAUUGUUCGGUUUCGUGUGAGACCAGCGUCUGCGAGAACGACAUUCAGGAACUGUCGGAAAACAUCGCGGCUUUCGUCGAGGAGCACGCGACGAAAGUGAAGACGCUCACCGACAUCGGCAUGUAUUUGGUGAAGAAGGGCCUGCGGACUCGAUCGCAGCGCUUCGUCAAGACGAUUCGAGCAGCGGCUCUCGAGCAACUCAAAAAGGUGUUCCGAAAAUUCGGCGGCUCGUUCGCCGACAUCGCCAACAAAUUGUCGUCGCUUCCCGGCGAACUUCCGCGAAUCGCCGACAAAUUGAAGAACGAGGCCAGCAGCGCUGCUCGAGGUGUGGCGAACGAUGGCAUUCAGAAGGUCAACGAAACAAUCGGAAGUGUUGGACGAGUUGCACACGAGACGUUGAAUGAAGGCAAACAGAAGUUGGGCGGAGUUGUCGAUAAGAUGAAGAAGGAGGCUGGAGGUGUUGUCGAUAAGAUGAAGAAGGAGGCUGGAGGUGUUGUCGAUACGGUGAAGAAGGAGGCUGAAGAUGUUCUCGAUAAGACGAAGAAGAAGGCUGAAGAUAUCGGAAAAACGGGCAUGGAAAUAGUAAAAGACCUUGGAAGUACACUUACUGCUUGGGGUAAAUAA